AUGGAAUCUUUUAUGCCCGAUGUAUGCAGCUCGCAGUUGGAGUAUGUGAGUACAAUACAGGAACAUUCUGUAGUAGACUUACCUGUGCCAGAUCCAACUAGGUUUUCUUCUUGGCUUCGUCUGCUAAAGACUACCGCCUUAGUAUUAAUAUUUAUAAAAAGAUGCAGAAAAUUUACAAGUAACUGUCAGAUCAAUUGUACCGAUAUGGAGGAAGCUGAACAACUUCUGCUCAGAUACGCUCAGCUGCAGUCUUUUCCGGAGGAGAUAGCUGCAAUUAAGAAUAGAAAACCGUUAGAACGAAUCAGUAGGCUACACAUCUUAGCUCCGUAUCUUGACGAUUAUGGAAUUUUGCGCGUUAGUGGCCGUAUAGAUACUGCCGCUGAUUUAUUUAUGGAAAUCAAAAGACCUAUCAUAUUAGACGGACGGCAUUCCAUAUGGCGACUAAUCGUUAAGCAUUACCACAAGAAGGCAGCGCACGGAUUAAAUGAGAUGGUGGUAAACGAGCUAAAACAAAAAUAUUGGAUCUUGAAGCUACGACCCACUGUACGUACCGUCGCGUCCAGCUGUAUGUUGUGUCGCAUGCAAAAGGCUAAGCCAGAACCACCACGAAUGGGUGACUUACCUCAGCCCAGAUUGGACCACCAUCAACGACCAUUUACAAAUUGUGGUGUUGAUCUGUUUGGCCCACUCGAUGUGACCAUCGGACGAAGAAGAGAAAAGAGGUACGGAGUACUUUUCACUUGCCUCACCGUGCGUGCUGUUCACAUAGAGGUGGUCAAUUCUUUGACUACGGACUCUCUUAUAAUGGCAUUAAGAAGGAUGUCAGCUCGUAGAGGUUGGCCCAAACAUAUUUUCUCUGACAAUGGUACUAACCUCAGAGGUGCGAAGACGGAGCUCUUAAAAUCUAUUAAGGAACUGGAUGAGGUUGCAUUGAAGGAUCAAGCACUAAACUUUAGCACAGAAUGGACAUUUAUUCCACCUUCCAGUCCACACUGGGGUGGAGCUUGGGAGCGCCUUAUACGGACUGUAAAAAAUGCUCUAAAGGUCGUACUAAAGGAACGUGCACCUCGAGAAGAGGUCCUUAUAACCUUGUUGGCCGAAGUCGAAAACUUAGUAAACAGUCGAGCGCUCACUCAUGUCUCCGUGGAGCCAGAAAGUAAUGAGAGCUUAACUCCCAACCAUUUCCUGCUGGGAACGUCCUCCAAUUUGCCCACAAUUGGGGUUUAUGACGAUUCAGACAUCUACCUCAGGAAACAGUGGCGUAUCGCACAACGCCUGGCGGACAAGUUUUGGGAGCGAUGGGUUAAGGAGUUUUUGCCCGAGCUGUUACCAAGACGUAAAUGGAAUCGCGAACAAAGGUCUUUACAAAUUGGGGAUCUAGUACUAGUCGUUAGUCCAAAUGAGCAGCGUGGCAUAUGGCAGCGCGGAGUGGUCGAAAGGGUUUUUCCUGGCAAAGAUGGUAGGACUAGGGUGGUUCAAAUAAAGACUCUGUCCGGGAUUCUUGUUCGUCCAGCGACACGCGUCGCCAGAAUACCCAUGGAAGAUGAGUGUCGCUGA